UGGCGCAGCUUCAGCUUUUGCUUUCAGUUCUAGUGAAACCACCGGUUGGGCCAGCCGCACCACCAGAAGAGCAGUAUUUCCAUUCUCCAAAAGCUACCCUGACCUUACGCUCACCUGUGCCAAGAUGUCCUUAGUGCGUUUAAUUGGUUCCGAGGCGCUGAUGAUGGCCAAACGUGGCUACUCAUCCGCCGCUCCCACCACCAAGCUCUUCAUCGAUGGCAAAUUCGUGGAGUCGAAGACCAAGGAAUGGAUCGAUGUGCACGAUCCGGCAACCAACAAAGUCGUCACCCGUGUGCCCAAGGCAACGCAGGACGAGAUGCAAACGGCUCUGGAGUCGAACAAGAAGGCCUUCAAAUCGUGGAGCAAUCAAUCGGUGCUGUCGCGUCAACAGGUCAUGUUCAAGCUGCAGGCUUUGAUCAAGGACAACAUGGGCGAGCUGGCCAAGAACAUCACCAAGGAGCAGGGCAAAACAUUGGCCGAUGCCGAAGGCGAUGUGCUCCGUGGUCUUCAGGUGGUGGAGCAUUGCUGCAGCAUUCCAUCGCUGCAGAUGGGCGAGACGGUGGCGAAUGUGGCCCGUGACAUGGACACCUAUUCGCUGGUGAUGCCCCUCGGCGUCACCGCUGGUAUUGCUCCCUUCAAUUUCCCCGCCAUGAUUCCGCUGUGGAUGUUCCCCGUGGCCAUUACCACCGGCAACACAAUGCUGCUGAAGCCCUCGGAGCGUGUGCCCGGCGCCACGAUGCUGCUGAUGGAGCUGCUCAAUGAGGCCGGUUGCCCGCCCGGUGUGGUCAAUGUCAUCCAUGGCCAACACGAUGCCGUGAACUUCAUCUGCGAUGCACCCGAAAUCAAGGCCGUGUCCUUUGUGGGCUCCGACACCGCCGGCAAGUACAUCUAUGAGCGUGCCGGCAAGAAUGGCAAACGUGUGCAGAGCAACAUGGGCGCCAAGAACCAUGGCAUCGUCCUCAGCGAUGCCAACAAGGAGAACACAUUGAACCAAUUGGCUGGCGCUGCUUUCGGUGCUGCCGGACAACGUUGCAUGGCCCUGUCGACGGCGGUGUUUGUCGGUGAUGCCCAGCAAUGGAUUCCCGAUCUUGUCGAGCGCGCCCAGAAGCUUAAGGUGAAUGCCGGACAUUUGCCCGGCACCGAUGUGGGACCUGUGAUCAGUGCCGCCUCCCGGGAGCGCAUCAAUAAGCUCAUCGAGAGCGGUGUCAAGGAGGGAGCCAAGCUCAUUUUGGAUGGCCGCAAAAUCAAUGUGCCCGGCUAUGAGGAUGGCUACUUUGUGGGUCCCACAAUUCUGGCCGAUGUCAAGCCCAACAUGCAAUGCUACACCGAAGAGAUCUUUGGCCCCGUUUUGGUGAUCCUCAAUGCCGAUACCCUGGACGAUGCCAUCUCCAUUGUGAAUGCCAAUCCCUAUGGCAACGGUACCGCCAUCUUUACCACCAACGGUGCCGCUGCCCGCAAGUUUGUGAACGAAAUCGAUGCCGGCCAGGUGGGCGUCAAUGUGCCCAUCCCAGUGCCAUUGCCCAUGUUCUCGUUCACCGGCACUCGUGGCUCCUUCCGUGGUGAUCAUCAUUUCUAUGGCAAGCAGGGCAUCAAGUUCUACACACAGACCAAGACCGUUACACAGCUGUGGCGUGAAACCGAUGUCACACACACACAGGCAGCUGUCUCCAUGCCCACCAUGAAGUAAGCAUAGCACAUAUUACAUAUAUACAUAUAUAUGUAUGUGCGUCAACGGACGAUGAAAUUAUUGCAUUUAUUUUGUGUGCCUAAUUAGAGUUUAAGCUAAAAUGUAAAGAGAAUUAAAAAGUGUAUAAAUAAAAUGAAACAAAUUCUUUUUGUUAACAAA